GCCGCCGCGCAUGCGGGGUGGGGGGUGAGGGGCGGGGCCCGGCCGGUCUGGUUGCGCUCCCUCACGGACAGAGGCCCCGGAGGCUCCCGAGCGACAAUGAAGCAACAACAGCAGCAGCAGCCGCUGCUGCCGCCGCAACCGGCGCCGGCCCCGCAGCCUCCCCUGCAGCCGUCGCCUCCCUUCGCCAGCCCGGGGGUCCCCGCCUUCCUCAGCAAACUGUGGGCUCUGCUGGGCGAGACCCCCAGCAACCAGCUCAUCACCUGGAGCCAGAAUGGAAAGAGUUUCUUGGUGUUGGAUGAACAGAGAUUCGCAAAAGAAAUUCUUCCCAAGUACUUCAAGCAUAACAACAUGGCAAGCUUUGUCAGACAGUUAAACAUGUAUGGCUUCCGUAAAGUUGUCCAUGUUGAUUCUGGAAUUGUCAAACUGGAGCGAGAUGGUCCAGUAGAGUUUCGGCAUGCAUAUUUUAGGCAGGGCCGGGAGGACUUGCUGGAACACAUUAAAAGGAAGGUUUCUUCUUCAAGACCUGAAGAAAACAAGAUACGUCAGGAAGAUCUCUCUAAAAUAAUAUGCAGUGCUCAAAAGGUGCAAAUCAAGCAAACAACUAUUGAAUCUCAAUUGUCUCUUAUGAAGAGAGAGAAUGAAUCCCUUUGGAGGGAAGUGUCAGAACUGAGAGCAAAACACUUGCAACAGCAGCAAGUUAUUCGAAAGAUUGUACAAUUCAUUGUUACCUUGGUGCAGAAUAAUCAACUAGUAAGCCUAAAACGCAAAAGGCCUCUACUUCUGAACACUAAUGGACCUACAAAGUCGAAUGUAUUUCAGAAAAUUGUGAAAGAACCGGCUGAGAGUAGCCACCAUGUACCUCUCAACAGAAAUGAGGGCUUAAAACAAAGGGAACAGAUUUCAGAUGACAUUGUUAUUUAUGAUGUCACUGAGGAUGUGGGUGAGGAAGAACAUCCCAUGGCUGAUGAAGAAAAUACUCCUGUUACACCAGAAACGAGUGAAGAUACCACUUCAGAUUCUUCCAACUGUAGCUGUAGCUACCAUUCUCCUGAUAUCGUAAUUGUGGAAGAUGAUAAUGAAGAUGAAUAUGCCCCUGUAAUUCAAGGGGAUAAAAACACUGAAUCAGUUGCUGUCCCAGGUAAUGAUCCAGCCAGCCAUGUCAGUGACAGCACAAGCCCACUCAUGUCAAGUGCUGUACAGGUGAAUAACCAGUCAACCUUAACUGCAGAAGACCCAGUCUCUGUGAUGGAUUCCAUCCUCAAUGAAAACGGAGUAAUUUCACAGAAUAUAAAUCUUCUUGGAAAAGUUGAACUUCUGGAUUAUCUGGACAGUAUCGACUGCAGUUUAGAGGACUUCCAGGCUAUGUUGUCAGGACGACAGUUCAGCAUAGAUCCAGAUCUCCUGGUUGAUCUUUUUACAACUUCUGUGCAGAUGAAUCCCACAGAUCAUGAUCAUAUCACUAAUACCAAAGUGGAGACAAAGGGAAAAGAAACUAACAAGAAUAAUGCUGAUCCAGCAGCUUCACAGGAAAUGCAAGAUAAGCAGCUGAUACAUUACACUGCUUUUCCACUCCUUGCAUUCCUCGAUGGGAACCCAGGCUCUGCUGUUGAGAGUGGGGUCUUCACAGCUGAAACUCCUUCCACUGUUGAAAAAUCCGUGGAAGGGGAUGAGCUCCUGGAGAGCAGCCUGGAUCCCCAGCCCACCCAGAGCAAACUGGUGCGUCUGGAGCCACUGACAGAGGCAGAGGCAAGUGAGGCCACGCUGUUCUACCUGUGUGAACUUGCCCCAGCACCCAUGGAUACAGACAUGUCCUUCUUAGAUAACUGAUGUGAGGGAGGUUGUGUAUAUAGUCAUGAAGAUGAACUAUUUAUUUAGAAUAUUGUUUGGUAUGAGAGUUUUUUGUACAUCACUGUUUUAUGUAACCAGGUAUGUGGAAUCUGAAGUAUCUUUCCUAUCUUACACAAGCAGUUGUUUAGGUAUGGAGUUAAGACAAGCCACCAGGCACAGCUGGCAGUGCUGAGCCAGGCUCCUGCUGCACUGCAGUGAACACUUGGUGUUGCCCACAUUGCUCGUACCGCAAGUAACCAACACUUGUCAAUAGUGAGCUUUGGUUUAUGGUUUCUUAUACUUCUUGUCUUACAUAUGAUGACAUAAACUAGUAGUGUAUUGUUAGGAAACACUGACUUUCUGUAUUUUGGGGUUUUUAUUUUUUACAUUUUGUUUAACACACAUGAGGCUUUUUUGGGGUGGGGGGACCAGGACCUGAUGUAGGCUUUUUUUUUCCCUGCUUCAACUGGGAACAAAGUGCCUGUACCUUGCUAAAUCUUGGUUCUGCCUUACUUUCACUUCAGUGGAAGUGCUCACACAUAGCACAGACUGGGGAAAAGUGCUUGACAGCUGCCAGGCCCCAUGACUGCAUGAGUACUCUUAACUUGGACCAUCUAUGCUGACAAAAUAAAUGUUACUUAAGUGUGAUACUUGUCAAGAGUUUGUCUCUUACUCUGUGUGUCAGGUGGUUAUGGAUUUAAUAUCUUGUUUUCCUAUCAUAGUAGCUGUGCAAGGUCUGCUGUGCACAGUUCCUGGAAAAGUUUAAUUACCUCCAGCCUGAUGGAUUUAUUGAUAAGCCUCCAAAACAAGAGAGAAACUGGGUUUCAUUAACUUAAUACAUGCAACACAAAAACCACAUUCUGGCAAUGGAUCGGAGAUUUUUUUCCAAAGUCGUAAUGUGGCCACUUGUACAAAGAGCUGAAUCUAUAGACAGAGCAGUCUGCUAAUCUUCUGAAUUCACCAACUUGUUCUUCCUUACAGGACUCAGGAACUGCUGUAGUAGAAGAGGUGUUCAGGUGUUUUACCCAAAUCUAAACAGGUGUAACCCAGUGAGGUGGCAGCAGUUGAUGAAGCAGGAAUGCAGGUCCAGGUGCAAGGCAUGUUAGUGUUUGCUGGGACAUGGCUGCCAAGGGCACAGAACUGUCAGAGGACCUCACCCAGGGGGGCUGCAUGUGACCUCCUGAAAGAGCCAGGGACUCACAGGUGUGCUCUGCAGCACUGUCAGCUCUUCUCAGAACCUGACAGUGCUACAAAGCAUUCCCAGAAGAGGGGUUGAGAUCGUUACACAAACCCUUGCAAUAGCCAACAUCUGGCAGCACCAUGAGACAUCAGAAGUCGUGGGACAUCUUCAUCCAAAUUUAUUUAUUAAUAAGGUAACAACAUAUUACAAAUUAUAAGCCUUUACUAAUCUUUCCAUUACUGUCUCAAGUUUGACUUGACAUGUCAGACUCUUUGCAGUAAAUGUCAGUGUUCAGGUGCAGAAUUAAAAGCUUCAGAGAAUAGCAACUCGAAGUCACAGUUACAAACACCACGGAAAGGGAUGAGCAUGACAUCGGCUGCAGGCUCCAGGGUCACUUCCAGUCAGGCUGCUCUAGGCUCAAGUUGUAGCAAGUAACAGAGAAAUUAUGCAGCUUAUGUACUUCAGUUACAAAGCAAAAAGCACAAAAGCAUUUUAAGAUUUUGUAACUGCACAGGAACUAUGCCUAGAUUUACACUUCCUAGGCUCAAGUCCAUCUCUGGCAAUGGACAACAAGUAAAUACCUAAUACAGUAAAAGAUUUCAAGAUUCAGAGCCCCAAAUAUUGUAGGAAACCCUUCAGCAGAAGCCUCAGUAAAUGCAAACCUUCUCCUUCAGUUAUUGUAACUUCUGUGCUCCAUUUUCUCCACUUUUUUUUUAAUCACAAUACUUGAUUGCUCCAAAAGGCUUACACAGCUUUCACCACUCGGCUCCUUGCAAACUUCAUGAUUGUAGCGUAGCCAAGAAAGUGGCACACAAAACAGCAAUAAAUUACAGCACAGCUAUGCUACUUAAACUACUUAAAAAACUAGUAAUACUAUGUAGAUGCACAUUGUGAACAGGUGCCUUAAAAACAUGCUUCUGAGCAUCUGAUACCAGGGUAUUUCCCCCCAGGGUGCCUGUCCUCCUGUGUGCAAUGGGACACACUGGACUGGCUCCUCUGCAGCUCCAGGUGCAAGUUUCCCCCCUCACAUCUGUGUUGAUGAUGGUACAGCUGCCCUCGGCAUGGGAAAGGUCAGGCUAAGUAGUGUCAAAGUGCUGCAAUGUGUCCAGUGAACCCCAAAGUGUUCCACUUUGAGUCUAACACACUCAAGGCUUAUUUGGGAAUCAAGGCAACAGGGGUCAUCAAA